UCGAAACAUUCUUCUGAAUAUCUUACGCCGUCAACAACAAACGUGAUAGAUAUGUCUCCCACAUUAUCCAUGUUGAUGAUUCUCCUGGCAUGCCUUGGAGCAUUUGCGUACGCGGCAGAUCUGUCAAAGAAAUGUCCGGAUGUCGACCCAUGGAAUUACACGGUUCUGUUACCAGACACCACAGACUGUUCCAAAUACUUCAGUUGCCACAGCGGAACGCCAAUUCAACUACCCUGUCCACCAGGACUACAUUUCAAUGACAAUUUGAAAGUCUGCGACUACCCUAGGAACGCGAACUGUGUGCCACGCUGCAGUGCUCUAGUAGAUGACGAAGGUGGUCACUGGACCCCAGAAUCCUGUAGCUCAGGGUUUAACGAUCAAGGUGCUACUUGUAGCGUUGUAUGUAAUAAGGAUUACGAGUUGAAAGGAAGUGCCUUCGUCCAAUGCACGGAGAAUGGAUGGAACAGUUCAAACGGGAACUUCAUACCCAGGUGUUUACCUGUGGACUGCAUUGCCGAGGAUCUCGAAGAUGAACUGAACAAGACCCUGUCAGUAAAUGCGGGACUACUGUUUGUCCUGGACGAAUCAGGCAGCGUCUCACUAGCAGAUUUUAUUAAAACCAAGGAAUUUGUCAAGGAUAUAGUCACUCAGUUUCCGUUGUCGGCCAACCGCUCUGCAGGGGUAAUUACUUUCGAUUCGAGUUCCGUGGUAAGAAUUAAUCUGAACGAAAACUCAACAACUCAGUUCCUGUCGAAAGUCGACAAAAUAGGAUACAGAGGAGGUGGUACCAACAUCUUGGACGCCCUGAGGAGGGCAAUCAUCGAAAUAAAUACCAACGCAGUACACAAUCUGACUCUUGUCUUUCUGAUCACGGAUGGAGUAAGCACCACUGAUGGUACACCAGCAGCUAAUGAGAUAAAAAGCAAGAACAACGCCCUUUUCACGAUCGGAGUGUCCCAGUCCAAACUAUUGCACCUGGAAUCACUUGCGUCUACCGGAGACAAUGGAAUAAAACAUUUCUUCCAUAUUCGAAGUUACGACAUUCUUCAGUCCAUCGGGAAAUAUCUUAAUCCACCUGCUGGAUCUGGUGGUUCAACCGGCUCUAAGUGCAAAAGUAAGUAGCCAAAUACAUCGUAAAAUAUAAACAUAUCACUACUGUCGAGCUAUAAAAAUAUUCAGUAUAAUCCGAG